UUUGGGUGGUAUCCCCUGAUCUAGACUAGAUCUAUAGGUGAUGGCUUUGCUUAGUCGCUACCCUAUAAUAAUAAAUACCUACCGACGACUACUGUCUAAAAAUAACGCUCAACAAAUACUGAAACAGGUGGUUUCCAGACAUACUCAUCAAAUUCAGAAGAGACUAUAUUUUGUAAAGCAGCUCUGCAAAGUUAAGUUUUCUUUAUUGAUUCCCAUUGGUAUCAUGGCAGCAGCCUCAGCAAGUAGCCUUGAAAAUCAGAAACUCAUUGAAGAAUCUGAAGUUCUUUAUGAGAAAAAGGAUUUCCCAGCCUUGUAUGAUUUGAUGGUAGCACACAAAGAUUCACAAGAUGCUAAUGUGCUAUGGCGGCUAGCAAGAGCUGCCACAGAAAAAGGGAAAAUGGGAGGGGAAGGAGAUAAAAGAAAGAAGCUUAUUUAUGAAGCCUGGGGUUAUAUUGAAAAAGCUCUUCAAUUGGAUGAUACAAAUUUUGCUUGUCAUAAAUGGUAUGGAAUAUUGUUGGACUACACAGCAGAGUAUGAAGGAACUAAGAAAAGAAUUGAAAAUGCAUUUAAGGUCAAAGAACAUUUUCAGAAAGCUAUUGACUUAAACCCUAAUGAUGCCACUACUUUAUAUUGUCUAGGAUAUUGGUGUUUUUUAUUCGCUGAUAUGGCUUGGUACCAGCGCAAAAUAGCCUCUGUUAUAUUUGCUUCACCCCCAACAUCUUCGUACGAAGAAGCCCUUGAUUAUUUCAAGAAAGCAGAAGAAGCUGAGCCAGGUUUCUAUAAUCAAAAUAAAGUAAUGAUGGGGAAGACAUAUAUGAGGCUAAAAGAUAAGGAAACUGCUAAAACACAUUUGAUGAAAGCAUUAGAACAUACUGACAAAACUACUGAUGAUGCUAAGGCCAGAAAGGAAGCUUUGGACUUGCUAAAGGAGCUAGGUGUCAAAGUUUAGCUAGGAGUCAAAUUAUAGCUAUCAGUCAAAGUGUAGCUAUAUUUUAUUUAAACAAACUCACCUUUUUAACAAGAGCUACACAUUCACU